AUGUCCAAAAUCAAUAGCAGUAUAGCAGUAGACGAAAAAGCUAAGGAUGAGUGGCGCAAGAUAAACUUCAUUGACCUUAGAAAGCAGCAGUUCUCUUCUUUAGAGAAAGAACUUUAGGGAAUCGACCAGUCUUAAGCAGAUCGCAGAGCUCACUUAGAUGAGGAAUUGGAGCAAGUUGAAUAUCUUGAGAAUGAGAACCUAUCCAUUUAGAAGGAGUUAGUGAAGGUACUCGAUGGAAAGAGAAAUGUAUUGGGAGAUAUCGAGAAGGAAAAUGUAGACUUUGUAUAUAAAUUCCAAGCAAAGGCAAAUGAUAAGGAUUCCAUGAGGAAACAAAUAAGUGAGAUUGAGCAUUUAAUCAGACAGUUGAAGCAUGAAAUUGAAGUUACUAAUGUGGACAAUAAGAAAAUCUCACUGAUUGUAGAGAAGGAAGAUGAGUUACUUGGUAAAAAGGCAUCAGAGGAAAAGAGAGUGUCAAAAUUAGUUGGAGAUGACAUCAAAGAUCAGAUCAGAGCCGGUGAGGACAGCUUUAACUUGGCAUAAAACACCUAGACAAAGCAAUAAGCGCUUGAGAAAAAUCUUAAGUCUAACUAUGAGAAAGCUCAAAGAGAUCUGAAUAAGUUGCUUGAAGAAUAGACUAAGAAAAGAGAAGAACUUCUUAGAGAUUUAGAAAGAGUAAGACAGGAAGUAUUGCAAAAGAAAACUGAAAAUGAAACCAUCAGGGGCAAAAAUAAGGAGUUGGAACAUGAACUUGAAAGACUGGAGAACUACGCUAAUCAGCUUAAGGAAAACAUUCAAGAUAUGAUGAAUGACUAUAGAAAGUAGUUUGAAUAGUUGCAACAAAGUAUUGAUGAGAACUACAAGGAAACUGCCUAGCUUAGAGCUUAGUUUGCUGAGGCUCAGAAGCAGUACUAUGCUUUGAGUACUUAAAACUCUGUACUUGAACAAGAGGUUGAGGGACUUAAAACUAGAAGAGACUUAAACAUCGGAUUGAAUGAAGAGCGCAGACUCUAGCAAAUGAAAAUUAAUAUUGAUGAUGCUGCAAGAAAAACCUCACUAAUGGAAACUGAAAUUGAACAUAUUCUUGAGAGGUGGUAAGGAAAAAUUGCUGUGGUCAAGAAGGCAAUCGAAGAAGAUCAGUAUCGUAACCAAUCUAAAGUACUUGGAGAACUUGUGGAUAAGUAUAUCUCACAGAUAUUUGAGAGAAAUAGAAAACUUGUUGAGGUGAUCAGAGUUAAAGAGGAUAUUGAGGCCAAGAUUCAAAGCAGUGUCAAUGAAGAUGAAAUCAGAGCUAUGCAAGAUGAAUUGUAAGGACUCAUUAAGCAGUAUGAUAAGUUAGUUGGAGAUAAGAUUCAUCUUUUUAAUGAUAUGAUUGGCAAUCUUAAAGAGAUAAGCAAGAAUAAUGAUAACAUCAUUUAAAAUGAAGAGCAGAUUGCCAGAUUAAAAAAUAACGUUGAAAUAGUCUAAAGAGACAUUAACCAAAAGAAACGCAUGUUGUUAGACCAAAGAGCCUAAUUAGAAGAUUUAAAGUCUCAGAUAAGAGAUAUUGAUGCUGAACUCCAAGAAAAAGAUGCUAAAAUCCAGGAAUUAGAUGAUGUCCACAGAGGCAAAGAGGGAGAAAUUGCAGACUUAGAUGAUAUGAUUAGACAAAAGGAUAAGCUUAUCUAGCAAUUACAAGAUGAAUUGCAAGAGAUUCAGGAUAAAAAGAGAAGAGAUGAUGAAGAACGCAAAAGAAAAGAACUUGAAAAUGUUCAAUCAAAGCCAGAACCAAGAAAAUGGUACAUUCCAGUUAAAGGAGAUCCAAUCGAUGAGAUGAUGGCCAAGUAUUUAAAUGAAUGCCCUUACUUUGUCCCAGUGAAGAGACUUGGAGAUGGACAGUAUAUGUAUGGCUCCAAGAAAAUUUUUGCGAAGAUUAUGAACGGUAAACUUAUCAUCAGAGUUGGAGGUGGAUACAUGCUCAUUGAUGAGUUCUUAAAGAAUUAUGCCGAACUGGAGAAGGAGAAGACUGAGACCUAAGCAUCAUUUGAGGAGGAUAGUGCUAAUCCCAGUCCAAUGAGAAGAACUGCUGGUAGCCCUGGCAGAACAAGCAAGUCUCCUACUGCCAGAAAGGUAUGA